AUGUCUCACGACCAACACCACGACCCUCCACGAGGCGCACCGCACCCACCAGACGAAGAAUAUGGGCCGUAUCCGACUUCGACAUAUCCCAACUACAGCAGCUCGCGAGCCUACCCAGCACCGGUCCGCGCAGCGGCCGUAGCCUCCAUAGAGCAGGCUACCGCUGCCAUGCCGGCCACAACGAUCACACUCUUCGAAAGAUGGGCAGCCGGCGCCUCCGACUCGCAGUUCAACGCCCUUGCUGGCGCAGUGGGAGGAUUCACUUCAGGCGUCGUAACCUGCCCACUCGAUGUCAUCAAGACCAAGCUGCAAGCCCAGGGCGGCUUCAACCCUGUCACCAAGGGCAGGCACGUCGGACACCCCAAGCUGUACAACGGUCUGCUUGGCACGGCCGGUGUUAUUUGGAAGGAAGAAGGUAUCCGCGGCAUGUAUAGGGGACUCGGUCCGAUAGUGCUGGGAUAUCUGCCCACCUGGGCUGUUUGGUUUACCGUCUAUAACAAGAGCAAGGAUUGGAUGAAGCAGCGUCAUGAAAAUGCCGUCUUCAUCAACUUUUGGUCAUCCAUCAUAGCCGGUGCUAGCAGUACCAUUGUCACGAACCCCAUCUGGGUUAUCAAAACUCGCCUGAUGUCGCAGAGCGUCGCGCAUGAUCCAGGCAAGCACUACACGCAGUUCCCGAAGUCGUCUAACACACCGACUUCGAGACCGACGUUGCACAGCAACUGGCACUAUAACUCGACGGUGGAUGCGGCGCGCAAGAUGUACACCUCGGAAGGCGUGCUGUCUUUUUAUUCGGGCCUCACACCAGCACUGCUAGGCCUGACCCACGUGGCUGUUCAGUUCCCUGCGUACGAGUACCUUAAGACCAAGUUCACCGGCCAAGGCAUGGGCGAGCCCAAGCACGACGAUGGGCAGCAGUCAGAGUGGGUAGGGAUCCUGGGCGCUUCGAUAUUGUCGAAGAUCAUGGCGAGCAGCGCGACGUACCCGCACGAGGUUAUCCGGACGAGGCUGCAGACGCAGAGAAGACCGGUCGCUGGAGCAGAGUACCUACAGGGCUUGGGCAUCAAGGUCCCUGCUUCGAUGCUGGGAGACGAAGCCCAGAAGCAACAGCCGAUAUCACCAAAGUAUCGCGGCGUGGUUAGCACCUUCCGGACGAUUCUCAAAGAGGAAGGAUGGAGGGCAUUCUACGCUGGUAUGGGCACUAACAUGAUGCGAGCGGUGCCGGCCGCGACGGUGACGAUGUUGACGUACGAGUUCGUGAUGAAGCAAUUGAAUCACGCCAGGGAUGAGGGCAGGAGAAAGCAAGAGAGGGACCGCGAUCCAUGA